UGGCAGAGCUAUGCAGAGGAGAAGAAGCAUCGUUUCUCGGGAUAUGCGAGAAAAUUCCAUCGCUCCUCCGGCGGGAAUGCAAUUAAAGACCAACACCGGAGGAGAAACAACGGCAAUCGCAGCGUUUGGCGGGAAAUGAAAUGUGGAUGAAGUGACGCCGCUCCACAUCCCGGCUAGUUAAUCUUAUUCACUUGAAGACGAACAACUUCGCUUUUGAAAAUGGCCGUUCGCGGCAACGCGUUGAUGCCAUUCUCAAUUCAAGCAAUUCUGAACAAAAAAGAGGAGAGCAGACACUUGUCAGACUUGGAUAUGUGCUUUUCCAAAACCGCGUGUUGGAAAAUAUUCGGAAAAGUGAAUAACGCCUCGGCGGACUUUCCCGCGGCUUGCAGAAGCGACGGGGGGACGCGGGAGUCCGGCGACCCGAAAAGCUACGACUCGGACUCGGGUCUCAGCGAGGACAAUGACAGCAAGACGCUGGCCGUUUGCAAGUCAGAGAAAGACGGAGACCCUGCCUCAGACGUGCUGGAGGAGAGUCUGCAGGAGGAAACAGACCACGAAUCUGGAGCUGUAGAGAAUCACGCAAAGGGGCUCAGCGACUGCGAACCCACCGUUUCGGACUCCAACCACGCGGACGAGGCGAGCUGUGAGAAAGGUUCCGACCAGCCCAAACAGAGGAAGAAACGGUCGCGGGCCGCCUUCUCCCACGCACAGGUCUUCGAGCUCGAACGGCGCUUCAACCACCAGCGGUACCUGUCCGGGCCCGAGAGGGCGGACCUGGCGGCGUCGCUGAAGCUGACAGAGACCCAGGUCAAGAUAUGGUUUCAGAACCGCCGGUACAAAACGAAACGUCGUCAGAUGGCGGCCGACCUGAUGGCGUCGGCACCGACAGCCAAGAAAGUGGCGGUGAAGGUUUUGGUCCGCGAUGACCAGAGACAGUACAACCCCGGGGAGCUGCUGCGGCCCCCGCUGCUCUCCCUCCAGCCCUCCUACUAUUAUCCUUACGCCUACUGCCUUCCGGCGUGGACGCUCUCCGCCUGCGCUGGGAACCAAUGACAGUCUCGUGGUCCUCGUGUAUUUAUUUGUGUUUUCCAGGAAAUCAAAGCAAUUCCUCUGUAUGAGUCA